CGCGCCCAAUGAGAGCAGCCGUCGUCGGUGACGCUACAGUAAAUAUGUGCGCGUCACUUCCGGCUGUGAGAAAUGGCGGGUGAUGGGGAUAGAAUGGCGGAGCUGGAGGAUGGAGAACUGGAGUCUGAUCAGGAGGAGCGGGUUCAGGUGUCCUGUUAUCAGAGCAGAGGUCCGUCUCUGAGCUCAGCGUCCGUCUCGGUCUACCGCAGCCUGAAGAACACGGACUCCAGCGACAGCGACUCUGCGUCUGAAGACGAGGCCCUGCAGUGGAGACAGAAGCGGCUCCGCACCUCCGGCGCUCCCUCCGGACGCAGGGUCAACAACAUCUGGGGCUCCGUGGUGCAGGAGCAGAGCCAGGAGUCUGUGGCCGCCGAGCUGGGCAUCAUGGGAAUGGAGGGGAGCGUCAGCAUGAGCAGCCGCCAGAGCGAGACCUAUAACUACGUCCUGGCCCAAAAGAUGAUGGAGAAGGAGCGCGAGGAGGAGGAAGAGAGCUUGAGGAGCGCGCUGGACGGGGAGCUGGAGGGAUACAUGCAGGAGAAGAGCUGUCUGAAGAGAAAGAGGUCGGCCAAGGAGCGGCUGGGCCCUCGGGCUGAGAUGGACCUGAAGGGCCGCUACCAGCUCCAGGAGGACGACCCUGAAGAGAGAGUGGUGGAGGAGAUCGCUCACAGACUCAUGGAGCCGAAGAAGGAUCUGAUCGAGCGAGUGGUGAGAGUGAUAGGAAAGAAGAAAGCCAUCGAGCUGCUGUCAGAGACGGCCACCAUUGAGCAGAGCGGAGGACUCUACACCGUGGACGGCAGCAGGAGACGCACACCGGGGGGAGUGUAUCUGAACUUACUGAAGAACACGCCCAGCAUCUCUGACGGACAGGUGAAGGAGAUCUUUCUUGAAGAGAACCAGAAAGAAUACAGCAACAAAAAGUCGGCUAAGAGGCGACGGAAGCGAAUAGUAGCGAAGAAGAUGAAGCAGGCUAUCAGCACGCUCAACCUCCAGGAGCAUGACGACGUCUCACGAGAAACGUUUGCCAGUGACACUGAAGAGGCUCUGGGCUCGCUGGAGGAGGCCCCCGAGGGCCCGCCGGAGUCUGCACUGGGCACAGAGGAGAACCCUGUCGUGUACAACUCGGCCGACCUCGAGGUUUUCUAACACGUGCUAGUCUAGCCUGAAAGAUCUGGGAUUGACUGACUAAAGAUGAGAGACAACUGUCCUGACGGAUAGCACUUUACGUUUCUGCUGGUUCUUGAAAGACUGUAAGCAGCAGCCAAAGCUUGUACAGAUCUUCUAAUUCCUGCCUGGGUAACAUGUUGAUGAUGAUGUGAUCUUUCUGUUUGGAUGUUUUGCGAGCUUUUUGAUACUUUACUGCAUUUGUGGAAAAUUAUUCGCAGCAAGAAAAUACAAAUUGACUUCAGAAGAAUGCAGCUUGUGUUUUAGUCACCCAAGAUGCUCUAAACGUUUGUUAAAGGUGCAGUGUACAAUAAAUCAGUACAUGCUUGACGUAUAAAA